UGCCUGCUUUUAUAUCUUUAUGGUGUGCAGUAUGACAGCUGUGCCUACGUCGCUUUAGACAGAUAUGUCAGUGUGACAAUUUUAUCAUUCUCAACCAUGGCGCCCAGCUGACGUUGACGACUACGUGGACAGAACACAUUGUGUUUCAUCCGAGACGCCAUUGAGAGAACAUAUUCCUUAAAUGCCUGUGUGAUUGACGUCGAACUGCCUGUGGGACAAUGAGGAAAUAUCAACGAAUGACCUUUCGCAUGUUGAUUUUCUGCUGCAUUGUGCUAGUGCUGUGUUCCAUGCAAUGGGCGCUUCCGUCCGGAUACGAUGACACGGUUACCGUCAACAACCCUCAUACACAUGGGAGAAGGGAGACCCUUACAGAGGGUGAGAGAACAUAUAUGAAGCUGCUGGUACAAGAUCUGUUUCACGAGUUAUUCCCAAGAAAUGUCUCAAACGUUCGGGAUUUGUUGCAGUCAAUUAUUACUGAUGGCCAGAAAGCCAAAGAGACACAAAAACAAGAGGAGAAAGAUAAGGAGUUAGACAUUAAAGGGGGCGACAAGAGCUCGCCGAAGCAGGAUGUGGGAGGUGGUGAUGUCCCUAUGAAGAAAGCAGAACAGGUAGUACAAGCUGUCAAGCAAGGUUUACAGGAACAACCGGAAGUGCAGUUUCCGCCAUUUGUUGAAAAUAGUCCUGAAGAUGGCCCAGGUGAGUUUGGAAAAGCCUAUGUGCCAAAGCUUAACGUCACAGAAGAAAAGAAAAUGGAUAAGAGACGCCGAAUCAACCGCUUCAACGUAUACGUCAGUGACCUCAUUUCCAUCCACCGACGUCUUCCUGACGCCAGGCCACAAGAGUGUAAAAGUAUCGAGUACGGAGAUCUGCCGAUGGCCAGUGUCGUCAUGUGUUUCCACAACGAGGCCUGGUCGGUCCUCCUGAGGAGCGUCCACAGUAUUUUAGACAGAUCACCGCCACACUUACUAAGGGAGAUUAUAUUGGUGGAUGACUUUUCUGCACAAGAUCAUCUGAAGGCGCCUUUAGAAAAGUACAUGGCUCAGUUCCUUAAGGUGAAAAUUGUACGGGCACCAGAACGAGGGGGCCUUACACGAGCUCGGUUGCUUGGAUACAAGAACGCUGAGGGACCGGUCAUUGUAUUCUUGGAUUCUCAUAUCGAAUGCUUUCCAGGAUGGUUAGAACCCUUGUUGGGGCGCAUCGCCAACGAUCCAACGACGGUUCCCUUCCCCCAUGUACUUCCAAUCAAGACGGAAGACUUCUCGACGUCAGGCGCUUUAAUGGAUCAAGUAGGAUACUUCCGGUGGACAAAUCUUUCCUUUGACUGGCUACCAAUUCCGGAGAAGGAGAAGAAGAGACGAAAGAAUAAUGCUGAUCCUGCAAGAUCCUCUACUAUGCCUGGUGGGUUGUUUGCCAUUGACAAGGCGUUUUUCACAUCACUGGGGACAUAUGACCCGGAUCUGUUGUACUGGGGUGGCGAGAACAUGGAGCUAUCAUUCAAGGUGUGGAUGUGUAACGGGACUAUAGAAUAUCACCCCUGCUCCCAAGUGGGGCAUAUAUUCCGCUCAUCUACACCCAUCAGGUUCGAAAACUCAGGCGCCAUGAUAAUGCGGAACUCCAUGCGUGUGGCCGAGGUGUGGAUGGACGAUUACAAGGAGCUUUUCUACGACGCCUCUUAUCCCAAAGCUGAUUUUGGCGAUGUUUCAGCAAGGAGGAAAUUGCGAGAAAGCUUACAAUGUCAUGACUUCCGGUGGUAUCUGGAAAAUAUCUUUCCCCUCCCUGUGCCUAAACGUUCGCUUGCCGCUGGUGAGAUACGUCACGCCAGUAAACCUAUGUGCAUGGACAUCCAGGGCUACACCAUGGUGCCUGGCUUGUACAACUGUCACGGUCAAGGCGUCAACCAGCGAUGGCUAAUCUACGAGGAUGGUGUGAUUACUCAUGACCGAUUUAAGAUGUGUUACGAACGAGGGUCCUUCGUCCUGGAAGCAGGUGAAUGUUCGAACGUUAAGCCCUACUGGAUCUAUCACGAACAGAACCGAACUCUUGUACACAAUCCUACUAAACUAUGUCUUCACAUGGGGACGGAUCUCAAAUUAAAGAUGGAAACAUGUACUGGGGCGACCUGGCAACAGUGGAUUCUCCCGAAGAAGCACGUCUGAACGAUAUCAACAACAGUGUUCAAGUGUGAGUGUGUGUGUUGGGAGUGAACAUGAGAGCGCGUGAGAGUAAGAAAGAGUGUGCGAGAGAGUUUUGAAUUUACAUAAUGCAUGUUCAUAAGUUAUCUCAUGAUCAGAAAUUAAUAAAUGGUCAUCAUUGA